GUGGCAACAAAGCAGAACUGUGGAAAAGUUCUGGCUACACGCUCUUCACGCAGUGGCAAGACGAAGUAGAGGCUUUUCAUCUGCCGCCAGAUCGAGUCCCUCGCGCCUCCGUUGCGUGUUUGCAGGUGGGCUUUUGUCUUACGUCCGCGUCUGUUAUUUUUUGUCCUGGAAUGGAGAAGCUUAGCACCGGGAAUGUUUAUCGCAGGAACAACGCGGCGCGAAUCAGAAGCGACGCUCGGCGUCGGGCUAAGGAGAUACGAGCUAACAUUCGCCAGGCUCGCGACUUGGAUGCUAACGGUGCGCUCCGCAACGUCCAGGCGCAUGAGAACUACGAGCAGAUCCGUG